AUGCCUCGUUACGAAGAAGGAAUGGAUGUUCGCUACAAGCCUGUUGGAGGCCCCGACUCCCAGACUUCUGUGAGCACAGGCACUGUUAUGUCCAUUGCGACUGAGCCGACACAGCAAGCCGGCCGCAAUGUCUCUGCCAGUGAUGCAGACCCUAGAUACGAGAUUCGAAACUCGAAUACCGGCAAAACGACAACUGUGUAUGAGAAGAAUAUCCUCGGGGAGGCUUAA